GCGAAACAGCAUCACUGACCGGGUAUUCUAUCUUUCGAGUCCAUCCGCGUGUGGUAUGUCUCUUUCGGUGAGCGGGACGCCUCGUAUCUCGCGAAGUUCGAAAAAAAAUUGGCCGGUUUUUGAUUAAUUCGGGGGUUGUCAGUGAUGGUUCAGUGAUGUUUCGCGAUCCUGGCACUCAAACGAUGCGUUUCCAGUAUGCGCCCUAAAAGAACACGAAGGGGCUCCGUGGCGCUGCUGGUGCUCAUCGCUUUCGCUCACAACAUAAGGGUCGUUUACGGGGUGCUUAACUUCGGCGUGGAGGUGUUCUGCGCCAGAAUACCGGGUCUGACUAGUCGACAGAGAGAGAUGUGCAGAUCAUCGCCGGACGCCAUGGUGGCGGUCGGAGACGGCAUCCGAAUGGCGACCGAUGAAUGUAAAUACCAAUUCAGGCAUCACAGGUGGAACUGCAGCGGAAUUGAGAAUCCCAGCUCCUUCGGACACGUAGUUAUAGUCGGAUCCCGCGAAGCCGCCUUCACUUAUGCGAUAAGCAGCGCCGGGGUGGCUUUCGCGAUAACAGCGGCGUGCGCGAGGGGCAACAUAUCCUCUUGCGGCUGCGAGAGCAACUCCAGGCCCCGGGAACCGGCCCCGCAGGGCUGGAAAUGGGGCGGUUGCAGCGUCGACGUCAACUUCGGGGUUAGAUUCGCCAGGAAGUUCAUGGACGCGCGAGAAUUGGAAGGAGACGAACGAAGCCUCAUGAAUUUGCACAACAACAAGGCCGGCAGAAAGGCGGUCAAAAUGAAUCUUCUGGUUGAAUGUAAAUGCCACGGAGUGUCAGGCAGCUGCACGAUGAAAACUUGCUGGAAAACCUUGCCGACAUUCAGACAAAUAGGAGAUAUUUUAAUGAAGAAAUACUACAGAGCGAGGACCGUGGCCGGAAGUUCGGCACAGUUGGGCCCCCGAAACUCAGAGCCCGUUAGAAGACAUCGGAAAAUGCAACUGGUGCUCACGAAAGGUAAAGUUCCGAUCAAGAAGAUGCCAAAGAAGUCCGAGCUGGUGUUUUUGCAAUUGUCGCCGAAUUACUGCGAAAGGGACCUAUCGUCAGGUUCCCUGGGGACUAUGGGCAGGAGUUGCAACAGAACGUCGAGAGGAACAGAAGGGUGCGACCUGAUGUGCUGCGGCAGAGGUUACAACACGCACCAGUACACGAAGACGUUUCAGUGCAGGUGUAAAUUUCAUUGGUGUUGCCGCGUCGAGUGCGACACGUGUAGUGAAAGGACGGAAGAGUACACGUGCAAAUAAAGGACUAUCGUUUUCGAAGGGACUUUGGGAAUCUCAUAUUUUUUGUGCGUGUUUCGUUUCUUUUUUUAUUUCGCCAUCAGUAUUACGACAGUUGACGAAUCGUUGAAUUUGUUUUCGUAUUUAUUAAAUUAUCGCGAAAAUCGUAGAGCUUCACUGGCUUCUUACCAAAACUGAAGCUGUGUGUGUAUAAAAUUGUGUAUAAAGCGAGCUACUGUGUAUAUAUAUUGAAAAUUAUUAACAUUUUAUUUUGCCUAUCUAAAAAGCUAUAGAUGGCUUUGCCUUACCCUACCAUACCUUAUGUAAAAAUCGUGUUUAUUACUUAAAAUUCGCAUCUAUUCAAUAAAGUGUACUUACUAGA